AUGGCGACCCCGGGUAUGAGCUGGCAACAGCACUAUUACGGCGGCGGGGCGGCCAAAUUCGCGCCCACGCCGGCGGCCGCGCAGCUGGCCGGACACUGCAUGGACUACAGCCCGGACAUGCACCUGAAGAUGAGCAAGAAGAUCGCGCAGCUCACCAAGGUAAUAUAUGCCUUGAACACCAAAAAUGAUGAGCAUGAAUCUGCAAUUCAAGCCCUCAAAGAUGCUCAUGAAGAAGAAAUCCAACAAAUUCUUGCAGAAACAAGAGAAAAAAUACUACAGUAUAAAAGCAAAGUAACAGAGGAGUCAGACCUUAAGAGAAAGAUUCAAGUUCUAGAAGCAUCCUUGGAAGAUCACAUUAAAAUGAAACAGCAAGCUCUGACAGAAUUUGAAGCCUAUAAGCAGAGAGUGGAGGACAUGCAGCUGUGUGCAGAAGCCCAGCAUGUCCAGCGCAUAGUGACCAUGUCUAGAGAGGUAGAGGAGAUCAGAAGAAAGUUUGAGGAAAGGUUGCAGAGCUUUGGACAGCUCCAAAUACAGUUUGAAAAAGAUAAACGAUUGGCUUUGGAAGAUUUACAAACUGCUCACCAAAGAGAGAUACAAGAGCUGCUGAAGUCACAGCAGGAUCACAGUGCCUCCAUAAGCAAAAGCCAGGAGAAGGCCGAGGAGCUGCACAGGAUGGAGUUGGAGGCCUUAAACAGAACUCUAGAAGAGCUCAGACUUGAAAAGAAAAAAAUCAUUGAGGAUUAUGAAGACAAGUUGAAUAAAGCUCAGUCCUUUUAUGAAAGGGAGCUUGAUACUUUGAAAAGGUCACAGCUUUUUACAGCUGAAAGCCUGAAGGCUAGCAAAGAGAAGGAAGCCGAUCUUCGAAAAGAAUUUCAGGGACAAGAAGCAAUCUUACGAAAAACCAUAGGAAAACUAAAGACUGAGUUGCAGAUGGUGCAGGAUGAAGCAGGCAGUCUUCUCGAUAAAUGCCAGAAGCUGCAGGUGGCGCUUGCGACAGCAGAGAGCAAUGUGCAGGUUCUUCAGAAACAGCUUGAUGAUGCCAAGGAGGGAGAAAUGGCCUUAUUAAGCCGGCACAAAGAAGUGGAAAGUGAGCUAGCAGCUGCCAGAGAACGUUUACAACAGCAAGCUUCAGAUCUUGUCCUCAAAGCCAGUCACAUUGGAAUGCUUCAAGCAACUCAAAUGAGCCAGGAGGUUACAAUUAAAGAUUUAGAGUCAGAAAAAUCAAGGGCCAAUGAGAGAUUAUGUCAGCUUGAAGAAGAAAGAGCUUUUUUGGAAAGUAGAACUCAAAGUCUGGAUGAAGAGCAGAAGCAGCAGGUUCUGGAGCUGGAAAAGGAAUUGGAGGAACAAUAUAAAAAGGAAAAGCUACAUAUGGAAGAGGAUAAGAAUCAACUUCAACUAGAGCUAGAAAACCUGAAGGACGUACUAGAAGACAAGCUGAAUACAGCCAAUCAAGAGAUUGGCCGCCUCCAAGACCUGGUAAGGAAAAGUGAACAAGGGCUUGGCUCUGCUGAAGGACUCAUUGCUAGUCUUCAAGAUUCCCAGGGAAGGCUGCAGAAAGAGCUUGACUUGACUAAAGGCCGGCUAAAGGAGACCAAGGAGGCUCUGUUAACUGUCAAGACUGAGCUAGAACAAGAGAGGCACCUGUAUGAAGAAACUCUAGCUGCCAUGAAAGAAGAAGAGAAGCUCAGAGUGGACAAGAUGGCCCAUGACUUAGAGAUAAAGUGGACGGAAAAUCUUAGACAAGAAUGUUUGAAACUUCAAGAAGAGUUGAGGAUUCAACAUGAAGAGGAUAAAAAAUCAGCAAUGUCUCAAUUGCUACAGUUGAAAGAACGAGAGAAAAAUGCAGCUAGGGAUUCAUGGCAGAAGAAAGUCGAAGAUCUCUUAAACCAGAUUUCCUUGCUGAAACAGAAUCUGGAGAUGCAGCUUUCCCAGUCGCAGACUUCUUUGCAGCAGCUGCAGGCCCAGUUCACACAAGAACGACAGCGGCUUACCCAAGAGCUGGAAGAGUUAGAGGAGCAACACCAACAAAGACAGAAAUCAUUAAAAGAAGCACACAUCCUCGCAUUUCAGACCAUGGAAGAAGAAAAAGAAAAAGAGCAAAGAGCUCUUGAAAAUCACUUACAACAAAAACAUUCUGCAGAACUUCAGUCACUAAAAGAUGCACACCGAGAGUCAAUGGAGGGCUUCCGGGUAGAAAUGGAACAGGAACUCCAGACUCUUCGGUUUGAAUUAGAAGAUGAAGGAAAGGCUAUGCUUGCUUCUUUACGCUCAGAACUCAACCAUCAACAUGCAGCUUCAAUUGAUUUGUUACGGCAUAAUCAUCAUCAAGAACUGGCAGCUGCUAAGAUGGAGUUGGAAAGAAGCAUAGAUAUCAGCAGAAGACAGAGUAAGGAGCACCUGUGUAGAAUCACAGAUCUGCAGGAAGAGUUAAGGCACAGAGAACAUCAUAUCUCUGACUUGGAUAAGGAGGUACAGCACCUUCAUGACAACAUCAAUGCCCUAACCAAAGAACUGGAAUUUAAGGGGAAGGAAAUCCUCAGAAUACGAAGUGAAUCUAACCAGCAGAUGAGGUUGCAUGAACAAGAUUUAAACAAGAAACUUGAAAAAGAACUGGAUGACUUGACAGCAGACCACCUCAGAGAGAAAAAUAUCAUGCGAGCAGAUUUUAAUAAGACUAAUGAGCUACUCAAGGAAAUAAAUGCUGCUUUACAAGUGUCACUGGAUGAAAUGGAAGAAAAGUAUCUGAUGAGAGAAUCAAAGCCAGAAGAUGUGCAGCUGAUUACAGAGUUGAAGGCCAUGCUUACAGAAAGAGACCAGGUCAUCAAGAAAUUAAUUGAGGAUAAUAAAUUUUAUCAGCUGGAAUUAGUCAAUCGAGAAACUAACUUCAACAAAGUAUUUAACUCAAGUCCUACUGUUGGUGUUAUUAAUCCCUUGGCUAAGCAAAAGAAGAAGAAUGAUAAAGCACCAACAAACAGGUUUGUGAGUGUUCCCAAUCUAAGUGCUCUGGAAUCUGGUAUUGUGGGCAAUGGACAUCCUACCCGCCUGGAUCCCAUUCCUAAUUCUCCAGUCCACGAUAUUGAGUUCAACAGCAGCAAACCUCUUCCACAGCCAGUGCCACCCAAAGAGCCCAAGACAUUUUUGAGUCCCCCUCAGAGCGAAGCGUCCCCCGCGGCUUCUCCGGACCCCCAGCGCCAGGAGUGGUUUGCCCGGUACUUCACCUUCUGAAAGGGCGGCGCUGCGUGGCCUGCCGGGAGCACGACUGCACACAGCCCAUCCGUGAACAGGCGUUCCCCUGUGAACACUGUGAAUAAGAAGGUGUUUGUCUCUCCGACUUGAAAAUGCGCUGUAUUUCCUGAGAUUAUAUAUACAUUGAUAUAUACAUAUAUAUUGGAAUCACUCUAUAAGGUACUCUAUGAUGUGUGUAAUUAUAACAAUUAUUUUUAUUUGAGAUGGAAGUCUUUAACCUUUUUAAUUACUGUAUAAUAAAUUUUGUUAGAA